AUGAAAAUGUUUGUCAGUGAGAAGGUUCUCUCAAGAGACAAUCUAAAAUAUAAUGCUGCUGCAGGAAGUUAUGAAGUCGUGACAUGUCCUGGAUCCAUACAAGGAAAAGGUGAGGGUUUUUAUGUGGUUAAUCAAUAUGGAUCUUCGGUGAUGUCAUUUGCCAAAGAUGAUGAGGCCACUGGUCCAUAUGAAGGGUGA